AUGAAGAACCAGAACCUCCUCUACUCGUUCACCUCUUUCGCCUUCGCCGCUGUGGCCUAUUUCUUCUGGCUCUCAAAGGGUCUCCAGGGCAGCCAAAGCGCAGGCCUCGAGCAGCCCAGCCGUCCGUCGCAAAAGGUCAAUGUGACGAGGCAACUCUUCGAGCUGGCAGCCGAGAGGGACCACGAGAUGCUUCUGCAGUCCAAGUCGGCCUUCAUCAUGUACUAUGCGCCUUGGUGCAACGUCUGCGAGGAGGUGUUGCCGAUUUUCGAAAGCGUCCAGCGGCAGCUUUGGAGCCGAGGCGUGGCCAGCGCGACGGUGGACUGCGUCAAGUACCCCGACAUCUGCACGCAAGACGAGGUGCCCAUCUUCCCAACAAUCAAAUUGGCACAGCACGGCGAGGUGGACACCUACCACGGCAAGCGGGAGCCCGAAGAGAUGCUCGAAUAUGUCUUUAGCCAUGUAUGA